AUGGAAGAAAUCCACGUGUAUAAAUACCUUGAAGGCUUUGGAAACCAUUUUGUUUCGGAAGCUUUGCCUGAUGCAUUACCCAAGAGUAUGAAUUCGAUGAUUGUUGUGGUAUUAGACUCAUUGCCUAACUCAUUGUAUAAUCAGGUCAAAAUACACCUCAAAAAUGCUCGUCAAUUCAAUGGCAAUGGCAAUGGCAUUCAUUUUAUCCCAGAUCAAAUUCGUUGGAGUCCUUUUAACCUUCUCGAGCCGCACCCGAAAGCAGUGGAUUUCGUCAGUGGAUUACAUACUCUCGCUGGCGCUGGUGAUCCAACGGUUAAACAUGGAUUAGCGAUUCACAUGUAUAACGCGAAUCAAGAUAUGGUCGACACUGCGUUUUACAAUUCCGAUGGAGAUUUCUUGAUAGUUCCACAACAUGGCCGUCUUGACAUCACCACGGAAUUUGGAAGAAUGUUGGUGGCACCUUGUGAGAUCACAGUUAUUCCGCGUGGAAUUAAAUUUUCAGUAAAUCUCCCGGAUGGACCAAGUCGCGGAUAUAUCCUGGAAGUUUUUGAAAAUCAUUUUGAAUUGCCCGAUCUAGGUCCAAUAGGCUCAUACGAGGCUAAAUCUAAAGGAUUCCUUCCUGGUGGCGCAAGUCUUCAUAGUUUCAUGACCCCACAUGGUCCAGAUGCCACUUCCUUUGAGAAAGCAAGCAAUGAAGAAUUAAAACCUGUUCGAGCUAAUCAAAUCUUCAAUCAUUUAGCGUUCAUGUUUGAAUCAUCUUUGAUGCUAGGUAUAACUUCAUGGGGCGUAUCCAAUAAGAUGGAGAUUCAACACGAUUAUUAUAUGGGAUGGCAAGAGUUAAAAAGCCACUUUAAUGCUAACACGAUGGCAAGCAAGUGA